AUGACGGUGGUGAAGGCGGCCCUGCACCCGGUCGCUCGGCGCUUCUCUGGGGACGAGAAGAGGCCGCCGAGCGACGAUGCGAAGCCCACGGUGGGAUUCGGGGCGCACGAUGAGAUUGGAGUGGAGACUUUAGACAAGCGGCGGCGGCAGCGCCCCGAGCCGUAUCGGAAACGAUUGUGCGUCAAGCUCUCCAUGUCGUACGUGUGGAUCUCCGUCGUGGUGGUGGUCGCCCUGGCGCAGUGCUUCCAGGACAGUUUGAACUACUGGGUGUGGCAGGGGAGUUUGGCGGGGGCCUGGGAUGCGUCCACAGGUCGCUCGGCAAUGGCCGUUUGUUUCGCGCUCUUCCUCAUCGCGGACAGCGCCAUCAACGCCGUCCUCGCGUCAGACUACGUAGUGCUGCACAACGCCUUCACGCUCAUCAUGGACGCGGUCGGGACAGCGGGGCCGGUCAUCAAUCUCCUCUGGCAGCGGCUCGUGCUGGACCGACACCCGUACCACGACACGCAUCAGCCGGUGAACGAGGUGGCAUACGUCCACGCCACCUACGCAGUGGGCGUCGCGGUGCUCGGAAUUCUGAUACAGCCCCUCGCGCUCCAGAAGGUCCUGACGUGCCUGUGGCGGUAUCGCGUCCUGACGGACGCGCGGAGCACGGACCCGGCGCGGCAGCUGCGCGCGCGGACCGCCGCGCGCAUCCGCCAGCUAGUCUUGGCCAUCGCGGGCCUGAGUACCUUCGUCAUGGCUCUCACGAGCUGGCUCUACUCCCUCCAGAGCUUCCUCAUCUACGACCGGCGCAUGGAGUCGUUCGUGCGCCACGUCGCGGCCGUCGGCGGGGUCAGCCGCAGGGCCACCGCGGCGCUCGUCCGCAGCGCCCACGAGCACUCCUGGCAGUUCGGGGCCGCGAAUCUCCUGUACGUCACCACCAGCAAGUACCAAGAGGCCUACGCGGCGAACGCGACGACGCCCGUCUCGCCCGUCGAGUUCCAGCACCCGGACGGCACCGUCGUCGGCUUCGACCGCCUGCUCGAGGCCCGCGCGCUCGUCAUGUGGACCGGGCUGCGCAAGAUCGUCCUGGUGACCUUCUCCGUGCUGCUCGUGUCGGCGCUCUUCACCAUCACGGACAUGCUGAUCCUCACGCCGCUCGCGAAGCAGUUCGCGGAGGUCGCGGACAUCGCCGCGCAGCUCGACGAGGAGGGGGAGAUUCAGUUUGUUCCGGAGGGCGUCAACGUCGGCAACGAGGACGUGGGGCUCGACGAGGCGCUGCGGCGGAUGUGCAACUCCGUGCGGCGCGUCGCGAAGUCCACGCUGAAGGGCGCGGGCGUCCUGACGCGCGUGGCGCGCGAGGGCGGCACGGGGGGGUUUACCGGCCUCGGGCUGGGGGAGUGGGAGGAGCUGUACGGGCGGCGUCCGCUCGGGCGCCGCCGGGCGUCGAGCUCCGGCCGCCGCUCGAACGACUCGAUGCGCUCGCCGUCCGCGUCCGGACAGAGCCGCAUCAACCAGUCGUACAGCGAGCUAUGCAACGACGCCAUGGGGUCGGGCAUCAGCGACGCCGCCGCGACGGUGCGUGCCGAGGAGGCCGCGUCCGGGCUGCAGCCCGAGCUCAUGGGCACGCCGGAGUGGAACGUCCUGGACGUGCCGUACGACGCGCUGCCGCGCGCGGUGCUGAUGAUGUUCCGGCGCCUCGGACUGGUGUGUCAGGAGCCCUCGCGGGACGGCACGGCGCCGGUGAAGGCCGACAGCAACCUGGCGAGCGCGCCGAGCACGGACAGCGCGCGCUCGGACGGGAUGGCGGCGGACCCCCCGGUGACGCACAGCUUCCUGACGCCGGUGUCGCCGCGCAACAAGAAGAAGUCCAAGCUGCCGGACGAGGCGACGGUGCUGGCGCUCGUGUCGGCGCUCGCGAAGCAGUACGACGACAACCCGUACCACAACUGGUACCACGCCAUCGACGUCUGCCACUCGUGCUUCCAGCUCCUCCUUGAUUACGAAAGGGAGCCAGGUCCACCGGGCAGCGGGUGGAGCAAGCUGGACAAGUUGUGCGUGCUGGUGGCGGCGCUGGCGCACGACCUGGGCCACCUGGGCCUCACGAACGACUUUCUGAUCAACACGGGCCACCCGCUCGCGGUGACGUACAACGACGUGAGCCCGCAGGAGAACGGGCACUGCGCGCGUCUCUUCCGCACCCUGGCCGACACCCCGGAGACGGACGUGUUCAGCAAAUACAGCGCCGAGGACCGCGCGUUCGCCCGCGGGACCAUCAUCGCGCUCAUCCACGGCACCGACAUGAAGCACCACUUCGAGAUGGUCAGCGAGCUCGAGCGGCUCGCGGAGCGCCUGGAGGAGCACAACGAGAUCGGCGUCCUGCCAUCGGACCGCGCCGCGCGCACACUGCUGCUCAAGGCGACCCUGCACGCCGCCGACGUGGCGCACCUGAUCCGCGGCAAGCGCUGCAUCCUGCUCUGGACGCCGCGGAUCAUCACCGAGUUCUUCGUGCAGGGCGACAAGGAGCGCCUCAUGGGGCGCACGCCUGCCGCCGUGAUGGACCGCACCCGCGAGUACGUUCCGCACGGCCAGCUCGGGUUCCUCGACGCGGUCAUCCGGCCGUUCUACACCACCUUCGUCCGCGUCGCGCCCUGGCACGAGUGGAUCAUUCCCGGUCUGAAGUCUGCGUUCCGGCUGUGGCUCUCGAUCAUCCGCGAGCACCAGGCGAUGAUGCGCACCAACCGCAGCGAGUCCCGCCGCAGCUCGCUGUCGAACCGCCCCUCGAUCGAGCGGCACGACGGCAUGGCCGAGACGGUCUUCCGCAAGCAGGCCAUCGCCGUCACCGAGGUGCCCCCGCGCCUGCGCAACAUCGCGGCGCAGUACUCGAUCCACUGCCCCAAGUUUGCCGAACACGCGGCCUGGGAGUCCGUCGCGCAGCCGCUUCCGGCCGAGGACCUCGGGCUCGCACAGAUCGUGUGGGACGCGUUCCGCGACUCGUCGUCGUCGCUGAAGAGCUCGCUCAAGUCGGCUUCGAACCGGUCGGAGCUCGAGACGCGCGCGACCAUGGACGUCAUUACGGAGAAGCGAAAGCGGCAGUACUCGAUCCCGGAGGAGGAGCCCCUCAAGGUGGCUGCAGAGGCGGGCGGAGAGGACCUCGGGUGGAACAUGGACGUGAUGAAGAAGCAGAGCAUCCUGUACAUGCCGCUGGAGAUGAUCCCCGCGCAAGCGCUGACGAUGGACACGGACCGACAGCUGCGCCACAUGGUGGCCAAGCUACCGGGGAGGCGGUGGCGCGGCGGGUCGAUCGACGCGCCCGGCCUCGGGAGGAGCAGGCACAGCCCCGCGUCUGACCACACCCAGGGCCCCAACACGUAG